AUAUUUAUGCAGAAUAAGAAUUAUGUAUUGCAUACUUAUAUAUGUAUAUGUAUAGUCUAAUUAACAGUUGUUAGCUACAGUCUAAUAUUAUUUUGCUAAAGUAGAGAGUAGAAUAGAUAAAGACAGAGACUAUCAUGAUGAUCACAAUCAUAAACAUCAGAGUGAAUCCCAAGUAAACAAUUGAGGGUGGCUUGUCUUGAUUUUUGUUAAAAAGUUCAAGCAAUGCGGAUAGGAAUAAGGAUAUAAAAUGACAAAAGUUAUUGAAUUACGUCCUAAAAAAAGCCUAACAAAUUCAAAAUUCGAAAAGUAUCAACUUUGUACUGAUGAAAUUCCUGUUGCUACUGAAAUAGAAUUAAAUGCAGAUGUGCGCAGAUUAGAAUUAACUUUAAAUCGAGAUUCUCUGUUGGAAACUCAUUUAUUUGCAUUUCAUAAUCAUUUAUUUAAAAAUCCAUACGAUGCAUCCUGUUGGUUCAUAGAUGAUAAAUGGUUAGUUUGGAGACUCAGAAACAACGGUACUUUAGAAAAGCUACAUCAAAUACAUGAUACUAAUACAACUAUACAAAAUGUAUUAUACAAUCCAUCAAUUGUGUUCGCUAGUAGUAAUUUUGUGGUAAUUUCUGAUGGUGGGGAUUGUGUAAAUAUAUUAUCAAUAGAGGAUAAAGAGCAUAUUAAAGUUUUUCCAAUAAGUGAUACAGAACCUGGAGUAAUUUUAGAUGCAAGAUAUGUGAAUGCAACAUCAACUAUUAUAGUUGCAUUAUGCAACAUUAAAAAUGUUGGUGAAAAAAAAUUUACAAAUCUGAUACUAUUAACAUAUACACAGAAAAAUACAGGAGAUGCAUUAGAAUCUUUUGAAUUUAGUCAAAAAGAAGCUUUGAAAAUAAAUGGUGCUAUUGAGUAUGUACAUAUAGAAGAUACUGGCAAAUAUUUUCACUCUAUUUGUCAAGAUUACAUUACAUUUCAGCAUCCAAAAGUGCUAGAAUCUGUUGAUAGUAAAGAUGAUCCACAAACAGCCAAAAUAAAAAUUCCAAGGUAUUGUUGGUCUCAAGAUGAAGAUUCAUUGACUAUUUGGAUUAAAAUAGAUAAAGAACAACAAAAAGAUGUUAAAGUACAUGUAACACCAUUAGAGUUAUCAGUAACACUUAAUGGUAUUGUAUUAAUACAAGGUCAAAGCCAACAUAGAUUAGAUGAACACUUAACAACAUGGAAAUAUGAAGAUGAUACUUUUAAAUUAGAAUUAUUUAAGCACGAAUGUGGUUUAAUAUGGAGUGAACUAAUUAAAGGUGACACUGGUGGAGAACAUUUAUCAAAUGAAGCACUGGCUGCUGAAAUUCAUUCCAGGCUAGCACAUUUGUGCACUGAUCAAACAGACAGCAAGCAGGAUGGUCAACCUUGCAUAGGAUUUAAUUCUGAACAACUUGAGGAAUGUGAUCUUGAAGGAAAAGACAAUCUAUUACAGAGAAUUGAUCUUAUUAUGCAAAAGACUACACAUUUAGCUAUGCUAGGAACAAAUAACCAUGUGUUAUUCACAUACAAAACAAAAUCUGGCCAAGCAAUAUGUCUCAGACACGAUAAUGAUAGUUGUUUAUGGGUUACUGGUAAUGCUGAUGACACUAAAUGGGAUAUAGAACAUUAUUACACAUUUCCUGGUUUUGGAUAUGUUGAAGCAAGUAAACGAAAUAAAAAAUUCUGCGUUUCUCCAGAUGAUGGUUCAUAUGUGGCCAUACUGGAACACACAAGGUACAUUUUUUUAUACAAAAGGCCUGAAUUAACUAUUAAAGUUGAAAAACAAUGGAUUGUAGACUUAGGAACUGAAGCACUUCCUAUUAUGGGAGCUACAGCUACAAACAAAUAUUUAAUUAUACUUACUAAAAAUAAAUUAUAUCGUUUAGAUAUCUGCUUCUGAAAUUAACCCUUUGUGCUCGAGUUGUGACUGUGAGGCAUCACCAAAAAUUCUUCUAUCACAUCCUAAAAUGAGUUUAACAAUGUGAAAUUUAUUUAUAAUUUAAAGAACUGUUAAAUGUGCGAAUGUUGUACAAGUCACAAGACUUAAUUUCGCAUGCAUAAAAAUGCAGUAAGUCAUAUAAAACGCAAACAAUCUAAAUCAGAGAGCUAUUAUUUAGACUUGAGAAAUUUAGAGUAGAGAACUAUUGGAUUUAGAGUUAAAAUGGUUUCGAAUGCAAAGGGUUAAAUAAAUUAACAGCUCUAUUAAAACAAUAUAAUAGGGUCAAUGUUUUUAUUCAGACUGUCAUUGAUUGCACACGAUAUGCAAUGUAUGUAUUUACAGGAUAUUAUAUUUAACUUAAAUUCUAAUUCUUAAACUUUAUAUCGUACAAUUGUUGCAUGACACAAUUUGAUGAAUUAUCCAUCAGAUACGUACGAGAACAGUAACUCUCAGUAAAUACUGUAGAAUAAAUACUGAAGGAUCGUUCAUCAAAGUUGAAUCUCUGAGUGAGUAGUUAAUUACAUUGUAAUAUAAAAAUUAACAGUUAA